AUGACUAGUCCAGACCGAAACUCACGCAACCACUCCACUGACACUCUUCGGACUCGUAGAUCACAACGAUCCCCUUCCCGAGAACGUCGAAGGAGGGACGACGAAAAAAGACGACGAAGUCGCACAGAUUUUGAUGAACCUCCACCUGGUGCGCUUCCACCACUCAGCAACCGCUCUCCUGGCCGUCAACGUGCUCCAAGCAGUCCACCGCCUUUCAAGCGUCCGUCACCAACUUAUGAAGCACCCCCAGAGGAAGAAUAUAACCCAGAUGAGCCCACCGCAGAUGACUCUGAAGCACGCUCGGUGUUCGUGUCUCAACUUGCCGCUCGUCUCACUGCUCGAGAUCUAGGCUACUUCUUCGAGGAAAAGCUGGGUGAGGGAAGUGUGAUGGACUCCAGAAUCGUCACAGAUAGAAUGUCCCGUCGUUCCAAGGGCAUCGCAUACGUCGAAUUCCGCACCGUCGAUUUGGUUGACAAGGCUAUAGAUCUCACUGGGACUAUCGUCAUGGGUCGUCCGAUUCAUAUUCAGCAUACUGAAGCAGAAAGAAACCGUCUCCAUGCGGGUGAUGGCACCUUACAUCUUCCUCCCGGCGUAACUACUUCUCACAGCGGCACAAUGCAGCUCUACGUCGGUUCGCUGCACUUCAAUCUUUCCGAAGCCGAUAUCAAACAAGUCUUCGAACCUUUUGGUGAACUGGAAUUUGUAGAUCUUCACAAGGACCCCAUGACUGGUCGAAGCAAGGGCUAUGCCUUUGUCCAAUACCGCCGGUCAGAAGACGCGAAAAUGGCUCUUGAACAGAUGGACGGAUUUGAACUUGCUGGUCGUACGCUCCGCGUCAACACUGUCCACGAGAAAGGCACGGCCGCGAGAUACACCGUAUCAGAAAGUCUCGAUGACACGGGCGGCGGUAACUUGAAUGCCGCAUCUCGUCAGGCACUAAUGCAAAAACUUGCUAGAAUUGAGCCAAUUCAAGCACCAGAUCCUAUUUCGCGACUCAACAUUCCUCAGUCGAUGGAUUCUCGUUCCAUUCUCAUUCGCAAUAUGUUUAAUCCAGAACAGGAAACUGAGCCUCAUUGGGACAAGGACCUCGCUGAAGACGUCAAGAGUGAAUGUCAAGAAAAAUACGGCAAAGUCGAUGCUAUCAAGGUAGAAAAGGACUCUGAGGGAGAAGUCUACAUCAAAUUUGCCGCCGUCGAUGCCGCGAAACAGGCCGUCCAAGGUCUUAAUGGACGUUGGUUUGGCGGAAACCAGAUCACAGCGACGUUCAUCUCCGACGCCAUCAUGCAAGCCCACCAGUAG